AAAAAUAUCGAUCGGGCGGGGCACACAGGCACACACCUGUUCGGAACAAUGGGGUUGGCGCACCUGCCGCGUGCUACCACACAAACGAGCGCGCUGCCGCCACGCGCGCACCUACGCACCACUUGCUGUCCGCCACUACCGCCACCACCACUUCGAUCCAUGCGGCGCGCGGGGCGGUACUGACCGAUCCGACGUCACGCUGGCCUCGCGCCGUCGCCGAUCGAUCGCCGUCCGGCAUCUUGACCACGCUGUUGGACCACAUCUUCGCGUCUCUCAGGCGAUGUAGUGGUUCAAGAUGCAUAUAACUUCGGGGCUAUCACCGGCGUCCGGCGAAAUGCUGGACACCACUAUUAAUUUCUAUGGGGAAUCUGAACAGUGUGGUGCGACGUAUUUCGCUCUGGACCAUGCUGUACCAGAGUCUUCUCAUACGGUUGAGAUCGAAUACGUAUACGAGCAACCGGAAAAUUACACUCAAGCAGAAGAGUCGAAUAGUUCUCAAACAGAGAUAAAUGCUCUAAAUUUUCAAAAUGAAGGUGAUCCUUCAAGAAGAAUACGUGUGAAACAUAAGCCCGAGAAAAUAAAGAUUGAAGAAGACCAAGAAACUGACUUGACAAAUUUGACAUGGCUGCAAAACAUAACGAAUAUAAUGUCGGUGCCGCAGUUUCCGGUGUUGCCGAUGUCGCCGAAUCCUCCGGCUAAAUCACCGCCGGCAAAUACGCGACUUCAAAAAUUCAAUCAAACCAUAGCAAAGUGCCAGAAGGAUUUUAUGGAAAAUAAAGAGGAGUACCAGACUAACAGUGAGAAAAAACCCCCAUAUUCGUACAGUACGUUGAUUUGCAUGGCGAUGAGAUACAACAAUGACAAAAUGACUCUUUCUGCAAUUUACUCGUGGAUAAGGGACAAUUUUAAAUAUUACAGGAACGUGGAUCCCACUUGGCAGAAUUCGAUACGGCACAAUCUAUCCCUGAACAAAGUAUUUGUGAAAGUGGCCAGGUCAAAAAAUGAACCAGGCAAAGGGGGCUUCUGGAAACUGGAUCUCGCACACUUGGAAGGUACUAAACGAAUUUCAAACCGACCUCACAAAAAGAAGAAGAACAAUGAAUCUAAAAUGGACGCUAAAAUGAGUGAAGAAAGAGUUGCCGUGGCAAAUAUACCGCAGAAUGUUGUAGUACAAGAAGUCCCGGCAGAUGUUGGUCAAGCAGUAACACUGCAUUUACCCGAGUUCAAUUUAAACGGAAUCGACAUGGCUUUGGAUACAAACAUUGGGGCCAAUGUGAUUGUGGAACCAGUAGCUCCUCCCUCUUUGAUGAUCGAAGAUGAUUUAUCUUCCUUGUUGCUGAAUCCGACGGAUUGGGAUGAUCUUCAAUUGGAUAUGUUGGACAAUUAUUUGGAUUCCUGUUUCAAGUAAGAAUUAUUGCAUUGUAUUAUAAACAUGUUUCUUUGUUUGUAGGAUUUCGGAUGUCAAUUUUCAUGAAAGUCGUGGGGUUUAGCAGGGUUGUAAACAAGAACGGAAAAGGAUAUUAAACUAGAUUGUUUCUUGAUAGAUUAUGUACCUAAUGUAUUUGUAUUACGAGUAUGUGUACUGAUGGUCUAGUGAAAAGGGCUUAUGCGAAAGAAUUUUGCAUUUUCUACCGCAUUAGGUAAACGUUUUAGACAAAAUGGUAAUAAUAUUCCUAAGUUUGUAAAUGUAGAGGAUAAUAGAUAACCUAUGUGCACAAUUUACUUUCUUAACAAGAAAACUAUGAAUUUCAAUAAGAAAUAAUCAUAGAUGAGUGAAAUUCUAAGGAUAUUGAUAUAUUGGAUUAUUGGUUGCAAAAAAUACAUUAUUUUGCUCAAAAA